AUGCUCGCCCUCGUCUGUGAUUUGUGGGCGUUUGAUGCAGCGAGGCCGACGCAGUGUCGAACGUUUCCGUGGUGGCCGCAGCAUCUCGUGUCCGACUAUGACUGGCAGCUUGCGGCAGCAGACUGUGAAGGCAUCCACAUUUCGGAGGAAGGGAAGGAAAAGGAAGAGGGCGAGACAAUCCCAGCCUAUUCCUUUGACGACGUCAUACCGGAGACGAUUCUGCACGAUAUUCACCGAUCAGGCGAGAACUACACCUACGACGAACUGCAGCAAAUGCUGUGUGACUUGCGGGAGGAGGUUGAGCCGGAGUUUGUCGCGCAGUACAAGGCUGAGUUCUUCGAAAAGUUUUCGAGGCGGAUUGUCUUCAGUGAUGAUGAGGUUACUGUUCUGGAUAGUUCCUUUGAAGGUACAUCGAAGCCCACGCGGAGCUUUGUGUUCAAUGAUCGCUUGCACUUGACACAGAGCGAAGUCGCUCUUACCAAGAUGCCUGAAAAAAACUCCGACGCCGAGCCAGAAUUCGAUCGCAGCACGUUGGCUCUUGAUGUCCACAGAGCUCUGUGCAUGCCCCUUGCGUGGUUGCCCCAGCGCGAUCUACCGUUGCGAGUGUCCGUAUUGGGUGCAGGAGCAUGUGCGUUGCCUCUGUUUCUUCUGGAGCAUUAUCCAUCGAACGGGCUUGGCCAGAUCGAUGCCGUCGAGCCAAGUAGUCAGGUAAACGCGAUUGCAAGACGCUUCUUCGGCGUUGGGGCAGCCCAGCAACGUGACCCGAGACUUGUGAUUCACGAAGAAAUGGGUGAAGAUUUUCUCGCGAAGCAAGAGAGGGAUGGUCUGCUCGACAUGGUACUGCUGGAUGUUGAGGCUGGAGCGAGCUGCGGUGGGGUGCGAGCACCCCCGCUUGCGAUGCUGGAGUCGGCCUUCUUGCAAAUGGCAAAGCGCCUACUUGCCCCACACGGUAUCCUCGCAGUCAACGUGAUAACGGAGUCACCAGAAGCACUGAAGAGUGUGAAGAGCAAGCUUGGGCAAGUUUUUUCACGUGGCCUGCGCUUAUCGUUGCCGGCCAACACGACCUUCUUUCUGUUCAACGACUUAAGCGGUGACGCCACUCCACUAGAUGUAGAUGACUGCGUUCGACUGCUUACGGGCAGUCCCUUUCAGACAAAAUAUGCGCAGACGCCGGAGCUCCUAGACAAGUACCAGUUGAGUGCGUGGUCUCCGUGA